AUGUUGAGAAAGUGCUUGACAAAGUUUAGUUAUCUCAAAAUCAAAGAGGCAAAUGCACUAUUUGAUUCAAGCCUAAAGCUUGAAAAGAAUAAUGGUAGAAGAGUGACUCAAUUUGAGUAUGCAAGUGCAUUAAAGAGUCUAGUGUACACCGCUCAUUGUACUAGAGCAGAUACUGCAUACGUGGUUAGUAAACACAUUAGGUUUACUAGCAAUCCAAGUAUCGAACACUGGAAGACAACUGAGAGAGUUCUAGGGUACCACAAGAGGACUAAGAAGCUAGACCUCCAAUGUUCAAAGUUUCCUAAGAUAUUUGAGGGAUACUCUGAUGCAAGUUUGAUAUCGAGUGCCAGAGAUAAUCUUUCCACCGUCGGUUGGGUGUUUAUGCUCAAAGGAGGAGCUGUUUCUUGGGGCCCAAAGAAACGAACAUAUAUUACACUCAAUCAUGGAGGAAUGAGUUUAUAG